AUGAAUCCAUUUAAUAAAACCAUUACAAAUAAUUUUAUUAGAAAUUACGUUAGAAAAUUUAAAAGCAUUCAAUCAAAUAAACGCCAUUUAUCCACUAAUUCUUCAAAUCAAAAUAAUUAUAAAGAAAUCCCAUUUUCAAAACGAUUAAAAGAAGCAUGGAACAAAACAGAAAUUAAAUGGUAUCCUAUACCAAUUGGAAUUGGUAUAGGAGUCAUAGCUUUACAACAAUCAAAACAUAUUUAUGAACGUGAAAAAAGUAAAAGGGAGGAAGAGAUUGUUAAUGAUUCUACUAUUUCACCGAGAAAAAAAUCAACUAUUGUUGGUCCAUUGCAAGUGCAUGUUAUAGGUGCACUUCCUCUACGAGCAAUAUCAAGAUUAUGGGGUAAACUAAAUAAUGAAUACGAUUUACCUGUUUGGGCUAGAGUUCCGGUCUACAAACUAUAUAGCUGGUUGUUCGAUUGUAAUUUAAGUGAAAUUGAAAAUACCAAUCUUAAAAGUUAUCCUAACUUGGGAUCUUUUUUCUGUCGAUCGCUAAAAUCUGGUGUCAGACCAAUUGAUGAUUCAGACCUUGUAUCGCCAGCAGAUGGUGAAGUGAUCAUGUUUGGUUUGGUUAAAGAAGAUAAAUUAGAACAAAUUAAAGGAAAGGUUUAUUCUUUGGGUGCAUUUUUGGGAAAAAAGAAUCAUAACAAAGAUAAUGAUGCAACCACUACUAUUCAUGAAGUUGAAGUCGACAAUGUCGAUUCAAUUAAUGAAGACAUAGCUAUAAUAGAUGAGAAUGAAUUUGCUAAUGUUAAUGGGAUCACCUACUCGUUGGAUACAUUGUUAGGGGAUGAUCUUGUUGAUUCCAAAAAACAAGAAAGUUCAAUUGGUGAUGAUGCGUCAAUUGUUCCCAAUAACAGCAGCAAGAAUAGUGAUGGUAGUAGUAUUAAUAAUGAAUCUAAGGAGGAAAUUGUAGCAAAAAGUGUUUUAUGGCCAAUUAGUCCAAUACAUGGACAUCAUUUCAAAGAAGAAAGUAAGCUAUAUUUUUGUGUUGUAUAUUUAGCACCUGGUGAUUAUCAUAAAUUUCAUUCACCAACAAAUUGGGUUGUUGAAUAUAGACGUCAUUUUGCAGAAUUAUAUUCCGUUUCACCAUAUAUGUUGAGAAUAUUAACAGAUUUAUUUGUGUUAAAUGAACGUGUUGUGCUAUUAGGGAGAUGGAAACAUGGAUUUUUUUCUAUGACUCCUGUUGGUGCAACUAAUGUUGGAUCUAUAAAAAUAAAUUUCGACAAGGCACUUUGUACAAAUAAAGGUGAAGAUUUAACAGUUGGUACAUAUACGGAAGCUUCAUACAGGAAAGCUAGUAAAUUAUUAGGUGGUCAGCCUUUAAGAACUGGCGAUGAAAUAGGUGGAUUUCAAUUAGGUUCUACUAUUGUAUUAGUUUUUGAAGCACCAGAUAAUUUUAAUUUUUCUAUAAAACCUGGCCAGAAAAUUAAAUUUGGUCAAAAAUUAGGAAAUGUUUCUUAA